AUGCUCUUCAGGAGGUCACGCAGCCCCUCAGAGGUCCCCUCAGGAUACAAGCACGGCCUGGUACCUCCCCGCCUUGCCCGUCAACUCGGCCCCUUCUUCUGCCGCGUAGACCCGCGCUACGUCGCCGACCGGCCACCGCGUUAUUCGCUCGAAUGCGAGCUCAUUUGGCGCACGGUGCCCCUCGAGCACUGGUAUGGCAAAGACGAGGAGCUCAGCGAGCUACAGGGCUGCCUCGACGUUGUACGGGAUCAGCUGGCGAAGGGUGGCGGAGCUCGCCGUGAGUUGCGGGAGCUCGAGCGUGAGCUGGAUGAGCGGGUAACGAUGCUGGACAUAGGCUACUCAGUUCUUUAUCGCGCGCACUAUUUCUUCUUCGACUGGCUAGCGCGGCGUAAAGUGCUCGCCGAGCACGCGUACCAGGCGCUGGAAGAGUAUGCGGAGGGCGCUGGUGGCAAUCUCUCGAGUUACUGGCCGGAGGCGGCGCGGCAAGAGUGGACGGAAGGCGCGCUUGUCGCGGCAGAUUGGGUCCUCGCGAGAUUCGAAGCGGAGAAGAAAGCGCUCGGCAGAUUGCCUCCGGCUCAGCUCGCCUUUCUCCACUCUGACAACCCCGACUACCGCACGAAGCCUAUCCCGCCUCCAAUCACGCGCAUACCGCCACGCAAUCCCUCUGCUCGCAUCGUCGGCGACCUCGGCGCGCACCUCGCGGAUCUCCCUCCGCCCUACACCUUCUACCGUACCGACGAUCAGCCGAGCCACUUCGAUUUGUCCCCCGGCUCACCAUAUGCGAAGGGACACUCGUCGGACUCUGGACACGGCGACAUGCGUGACCUGAUCGACUUCGAAGAAAGCCCCUCCUCACGUGCUCGCGCCUCGCACUGA